CUGUGUUGAGAGGUAAUAAAAUACCAAAUGGAUCCAAAUGUAUUUUUGAAGUCUAAGCACAUUAAAUUCUUUGAAAGAUGUCUUCAGAUAUUACCUGAGAGAUAUUCUUCGUUAGACAGUAACAGAAUGACGAUUGCCUUUUUUGCCUUGUCCGGACUUGACAUGUUGAAUUCAUUACAUGUUAUAGAGAAAGAUAAAAAGGAGAUUAUCGAUUGGAUCUAUUCAUUACAGCUUCUUCCUACAGAGGAUGAUUCAAACUUAAGCCAGUGUGGAUUCAGGGGUUCCACAACGAAUAGAAAUGCUUUCGAUACAGAAAAGGCAAGACUUCACCCAAUACAACUGGACAGUGGCCACAUUGCUAUGACUUACACUGCCCUGGCAUCCCUCCUCAUCCUUGGAGAUGACCUUUCUAAGGUCAACAAGAGAGCUAUAGCAGCAGGCUUGCAGGCAUUACAGCAGGAAGAUGGCAGUUUCUGCUGUGUACCAGAGGGCAGUGAGAACGACAUGAGAUUUGUCUACUGUGCUGCCUGUACUUGUUAUAUGAUUAAUGAUUGGAGUGGUAUAGACAAGAAAAAGGCUGUAAACUUCAUCAGAAAUAGCCAGACUUACGAAGGAGGAAUAGCUCAGGGACCAGGACUGGAAGCACAUGGUAUUAACCUCCGUAUGGUUCAUGCUGGAAUUGGCCCAUCACAGGUGAAUAAUUUUCUGGUGGAGUGCAACAUACCCCCCAUUGCUACAUCCACUCUUAAAAGAAAAGAGUCACUGAUUGGAAAGACUUUGGUGGAAGCUGCAUCAACAUCAUGCAGAGAUGCUGAAACUGAAGAAAAAGAAUUUAGUUCAGAAAAGGAAUAA